GGAAGUUUAAUUUCUUUAUUCUCCUGCUUGAGAUCUCUUGCGCUUUCCUCUCAAGCAGUGUCUGAGAUUGGGGCCUCAUCGCACCGAGUGCUGCACAGACAAACACUGACCAAGAUCGGAGCCCUACUUUGCUGGGCUGCACCGACAUAUAAAUGCGUCCCUACCCGCAAAACUUUAGUAAUAAAACUGAUUAAUUCCCCCCAAACAGGCUAUUCAGGUUCCACACCAGACUUAAUCCACCAGAUAGAGGUUGGGGAGGCAGAGCUCUGGAUUCGGGAUGCUGAGGACUCCAGGGAAAGCUCCAGGCCAGAGAGCCCAUUCCGAGGGCUCGGGAUCCUGGGGGGAACGCGGACACAGUCUGAAUGUGGAGAAAGCGCGGUAGGGAAGCAGGAUUCCACAUCCCACAGAGGGAUCCAUGCACAGGACGCAGUCCAUCCCCGGGGUAAACUCAGCCAGAGACCAGACCUUGCUACACACCAGAGACUCCCCAUGGGCCAGCGUCCCCACCACUGCAUCGACUGCGCCAAGAGGUUCAGCAAUCCGUCCGCGCUGAACCAGCACCAGUGCACGCACACCAGGGAGUGGCUGCACCGCUGCUCUGACUGCGGCAAGGCCUUUGCAUGGCGCUCACACCUGAGAAGACACCAGUGCACACACACUGGGGAGCGGCCGCAUCGCUGUGCUGACUGCGGCAAAGCCUUUGCAGAGAGCUCAAAGCUGAGAAGACACCAGCGCACGCACUCUGGGGAGCGGCCGCACCGUUGUGCCCACUGUGGUAAGGGAUUCUGCAGUGCCUCCACACUGACACUGCACCAGCGCACGCACACCGGGGAGCAGCCGCAUCACUGUGCUGACUGCGACAAGGGCUUUGCAGAGAGCUCAACCCUAAGAAUACACCAGCGCACGCACACUGGGGAGCGGCCGUACCACUGCACUGACUGUGGCAAGGGCUUUGCAGACGGCUCAAGCCUGAGAACACAGCAGCGCACGAACUCCGGGGAGCGGCCGCACCGUUGUGCCCACUGUGGUAAGGGAUUCUGGAGUGCUUCCACACUGACACUGCACCAGCACACGCACACCGGGGAGUGGCCGUACUGCUGUGUUGACUGCGACAAGGGCUUUGCACGGCGCUCAGAGCUGAGCAGACACCAGCGCAUGCUCACUGGGGAGCGGCCGCAUCGCUGUGCUGACUGCGGGAAGAGCUUUGCGGAGACAUCAACCCUGAGAAUACACCAGCGCACACACACCGGGGAGCGGCCAUAUCGCUGCACUGACUGUGGCAAGGAUUUUGCACAGAGUUCAACCCUGAGAACACACCAGCGCACAUAUCGGGGAGCAGCCGAACCACUGUGAUGAUUCUGAUGGGACCCAGCCAGGAACUUCCCCCGGGUCCCCACACCUAGCUCUGUUCCAGCCAGUGGGUGACUCUUGGGUGACAUCUAGAGGUGGGAUUUGCAGUCCUCCUUCAGCAUGAAUUGGGCUGAGGGGCGGGGCCGGGCAGGACAGCCUAGUGUGUGUGAUUGAAAGAAGACUCAGGAACUGCACAUGCUGUCUACUUUAAAUAGGAAUGUGAUGAAGAAGAACUACGUCCCUAAUGUGUAACAAAGGUCUGUCUAACCAGGUGUUUCUUUGCUAUUAAAAAAGCUGAUGCAUUCACACGGCAGGUGGAAAAGCCAA